GCCGCUGGGCUGUGGGCCUCAUUUGGCUUCCAGGUAUGAGGAGUUGGAUUCAGAUAGCGAUUUGGAGAUUGACGCCCGAGUCACAUGGCAUCAAAAGCAAGUCUUGCAUGGAGCACAUUCUAGGCCAGACACGGGAUGAAUUGCGGCCGAUUGCGGCCGAUUGCGGUGAGCUUCGUUCCACGAUCCAGGAUCUCUAUGCAGCGGCCAAGGCCUUGUCGAAAGGUUCGUGCAGCUAUUGGAUCCCAGCCUUUGCGAAGCCCAGCUCCGUUCUCCAGCGCUUUGCUUUGGACGUGUGGGAUCUGUUCCACUUCCACUGCCGUCGCCUGGGCUGGUCAUCGAAGCUCAAGGCGCUGGGUGACGCCGCCGGGGCAGAGCUCUGGGCACAGCGCCGCAGUGGCCGAGAAACGCAGGAGCGACGAGGGAUGAACUGGCAUUUUGACAAGGACGAGGACUUGCUGGAUGAGUGCGACUUGGUGGUGCAUCCCCUCAUUGGGACGGCCACGUACUUCACAGAUGCAGGUGCUCCUUUGAUGAUCUUCAACCAGCCCACUUUGGAGAUGGGCCCAGAUGGGCCCAAGCGAGAUGAGCCCCGCUUGAGGCGCGACAGCGCCGGCGAGAUCUUCGUGGCGUUUCCACGAAGGAAUUUGCACGUGUCCUUCAAUGGCGACCUGCUUCAUGGUGUGCCGGGCAGCUUGGAAGAAGUGCCCGGAGAACGCCUGGCGCUGCUGGUGAAUGUUCAUCGGCUGCAAUCCGACAUGGACAUGUUCAGAAUGAGGGUUAAGGACUUUUCAGUGGUGUGGGUCCAUCACCGUCCCGUCGGCUUGAAGCCUUUGGGGACCAAUGGGAAAGGCAGGGUCGCUGGACGUGGCGGUGGCUAUGGAGGGCUGUUUGAAGAUAUAGAACUUGAGCUGUUGAAGGAUGACUUUGGCCAAGGUUUUCGAAAACGGAAAUGUCCUGACACUGGCAAAGAGCUAAAACUGCAUCUGGGCCAGUGGCAGUUGAAUGGUUUGAGGGGCAUUUGGGUAGAGGCCAUGGAUGAGGCUUCUUUGGCGCAGCUGCUGGCAAAGUUUGGAGAAGAAACGAAGGAUAGACUCACAGAGGCAUCAAAAGUGGUUCGACAGCCAGACCUGUUUCAACCCUCGACGCCAGAAGAGGAACUUUCACAGUGGCAGGAUUGGAAACUUAGCUUCCAGAGCUGGUUGACCUAUGCCCAACCAGACUACGAGGCUGACUUCAGGAUUGCUUGUGACAUGGUGAGACAGAUACAAGUGGAGUCGCAGGAGGACUUGCUGCAACGCUGGCAGACGUGUGGCAUUUUGAUUCAGCCUACAGAUGGGUGCGAGCGCGCUCCACUGAAGGUAUCCAUGGAGACUUUGCGCGCACAUUGGCAAGAGCAUUGCAUGGUGAUUGCGAUUGACCGUGGCGCUGGCAGACCCAAGACUCUUCGGGCCAGCUGCUGGCAUUUUGCCCAUCACCGACAUUGCAGUCAUCUCUAUGCCGUUCAGCAGCUCGAAGGAUUGCAGACUCAUAUACAACCAGACCUACCAGUCGCUUCGUGUGGCCAAGCUGCUUUGAAGCAAGGGGCAGUUCCUGAGUACGAUUGUGCUCUUGGCUCUUCCGAAGAUGAAGCUGGCCGCAAGAAGCGCAAAAAAAGGAGAAAAAAGCCAAAGUCAGUGUGCCCCGGACACGGAAGAAAGAGAGGAAAAAGCCCAGUCGGUCACGCACCCCUGGCAGAGCUCGUUCUCGAACUCCUGGCAGACCUCGUUCUCGAACCCCUGGCAGAGCGAGGGCUGACCGUCCUGCGGAACAGCAGGGCGGAUAGCAGAGUUCUCUCUAGGAACACGAGACCAGAUAGAGUGCCGGCUGUGCCUCUAGAACCUCAGCUACAGCCUGUUGAAGAAAGCCAAGAAUGUCGCGAUUGCUGCCGCUUGGGCGGUGUGUGUGGUGUGUGCAAGAGCAAUGGGUUUGUCACGCCGGACCAGCCUACUGCAGCGUUGAAGUCACCAGCCCCUCUCGAAGAAGACCAAGAACCUGAUAUGAAUGUGUUGACAAAAGCCUUGGACACCCAUGGCCCGGAGCAGAAAGCAAUGGCAGCGGCUGAGGAAGACCUGGCCCGCGUCCCUUGUCGUGGUAGUUUGAGCAAGAAAGCCCGGAGAGCAGCUCUGUGGCGAAAGUUUGGCAAAAAAACGUCCAGCAAAUUGUUGUCCAAGCAAUCUUUCGAGAAUGCCGUGAAGUCUCUCUUGCCGGAGGGUAAAAAGAUUGGUGCUCAGGGCCUUUCUUGUUUGCAACUGGCUGUGGAAGCUGGUAUGGCGCAACUCUUUCAUGAAGCGAAUAUGUGCAGUCAGCAUUGUGGCCGAAGCACAGUCUGGCCAAAAGACUUUCAUUUGGUUCAACAGAUUAAGCCUGAUGAUGUUGUGCUCCGUGGUUGGGUUCCUUGCGGUCCACUGAAGCCACCGCGGGUGUCCGAGGUGCCUAAGGGGUACCUGAAUAAGGGAUAUGGUAUGGAGUAUCCAAAAUGCCAAGAUUGGAGGUCAAUAGCCUUACUUCAAGCCUUCCUGUCACACCCGUCGUUCAAGAAGGAGGGCAUCCUCGAGCAGAUGGGACUUGAGAGAUUGGCUGAUGAGUACUUUCAGGUGAGCAAAGAGGAGCUGAGUGACAACACCAAGCUCUCUGUCCUGCUGAAGGUGGUCCCUUCUCAUCUACGUCAACAUCUUCAACUUCAGAUGGACGACAAGUCUGACUAUGCCUCGACAAGGGACCGACAUUGGUCAAGGGAAUGUCCUGUGAGGAAUCUGCACCAGGUGAGCCAAGAUGCUGCAUCGACAGUGGCAACGCAGUCUUUGGUCAGCAGUGGCUCUGGGCAGCAGACUGGUGGUGGUCAGGGAGUUCAAGGCUCUCCGACAACGGUGGCGAGAAGGAUCACCUACUUCGACCUUGACGAUGAGGCCCAGGUGGACGAGCCCUACAUUACAAUGGUGGCCUUGGCGGAAACUUAUGACAUGACGUACAGCGAUUCAGACAGUGAUUGGCGUCUUUGUAAAGGAGCUCAGCGUGGUGGUGAGGUCUACUUCGAGGACUUCACCGACGCUUCUGUGGAGACCUAUGGCAAGACUGGUGAUGGUUCGACGCCUGCUGUGAUCAGAGGAGCCUAUGAGCAGGUGAGUCAGGUGAGUGGCAGGUGGACACGUACGGUGAGACGCAUGCCAGUGGCAUUUGAUGCAGCAGUCCUCAACGAUGUGAGAACCUGGCCUUGGAGCGUUGCUACUGGGCAGAUGCAGGUGGUGCCCAAGUGGCACGUGGAGAUCAAGAUCAAGGAGGUCGACGAUGAGACGCUGCUUGCAGACCCGGUUGACAGGAGAGUCGUCGUGGCCGGUGAGCUCUUGGAAGAUGGGGUUGAGAACUUAGCAGCCGAGACUGAGAUCAAUCGUUUGAUUGGCAUGGGAGUCCUGCGGGCACCUCGAGCCGAUGAGGUCUUACCGGCACAGCGUGAAGGUGCAGCAGUUUGGUUCAACACCCUGAAGGCAACCCUCAAGGAUGGUGGUUUGCUGCAAUGUGCUGAAGCACCAAAGGCCGAGAUCCAGAACUACCGCAGUGCAGCUGGGACUUUACUCUAUGUCUCUGGUUCUCGGCCAGACACGCAGUUCUUCAUCAAGGAGCUAGCAGCAAAGCUUCAGGUUCCAACCCGUGGAGCCAUGAGCAGUUUGCUCAAUCUCACUGGCUACAUGGUCACAACCACGGACAUUCAUGUGGAGAUGGCCGAAACAGACCCGAGCAGAAGCUUUCGACACGGAGCUGAUGGUUUGACUACAGCCCCUACCUAUUUGAAGAAAGAGGGCAUUUGGCUGUUCGAAGUUGCAACCGACAGUGAAGCCUUGAGCCUUCCGCAUCAGAGCAGCGCUCAAUGCUUGGUGGCUAUGGAGCCUUCAGCAUCAAGUAUGCCAUGGACCACAACCAUGUUGGUCACCCUGGUUUUCAUCUUGGUGGUGACAAUCAUCAUCCUUCUGAAGAUCAUGCACAUCAUGCAUGUGAAGAUUGAGGAGUUCUUCGGUGGAGCUCUGACGCCCGCAGCUGAAUCGAUGGCUGAGGACUUCAGUGUCUUUGAACAGUUGGAUGCACGAGAGUAUGAUGACUAUCGUUUUCUACUCCUUGGAGAAGCACGUGGAGUGGAGCACUACAUCAUCAAGAAGUUUUCGUUCUUGCGCGGCCUCCCGGUCACCCGAGAUUUUUGGCUUGGCAUUCAGCAGUUCUCCAACAUGCAUAAAACCAUUCAAUUGGACGGCAUUGAAGUGAGGAAGCGGGCUAUUCGUUUUCUCUUUGCCCGCAAGCGCUACAACUUGUGGUAUGAUCAAGGCCGCGUACAGCCUGGUGAGUCGGACAUGGUGGAAGAGUGGCUAGCUGCAAAUUAUGGCUGGGGAGAGCCAACAGAGCUUCAGCCAAGUGCAGGACCCAAUGAUGUUGAAGAUGACUGUUCGCCGAGUGAUGGACCAGUGAGAAUCAUAGAUGAUCGAGAUGGUGGAGAAGAAAGUGAGGAAAGCGAAGGCGGAGAUCAUGAAGACCCACCCAUGGUGAUUGAGGAGGGAGCAGCAUUAUCCAGGGACGCUGCAACUGGAUCGUCACCCACGCUUCCCGUGCCAAAGUCGGAAGCCAAAGGAAAGUGUGGAGGCAACGGACGCAUGGUGGAAUACUACCAUGACCCGCUUGUGAACGAUAAGGAUCCCCAACCUCAGCGGCUCUCCGUUGUGGCGUCUGAGCUCAAGCGCCUUUCGCCUGCGCAAAGUCAAAAAGAACGCGCAGCGGCGCGGGGAGAGCGGGGAGCAGGACACCAAUGGAAAG